AUGCCUGUAAAAAUGAACACUUUCAAUAGCAUGGCGCCCGAAGUCAUCUAUAAUAUAUUUUCCUACUUGUCAUAUCCUGAAGUAUAUCACAUUCGCUCUGUAUGUCGCAAAUUUCGGGUCAUGGGUGAGUUCCACAUUUACCAGCAAAUCAAGUCGAUGCGGCAGACCAUCACCAUCAAAUUGGAUGGUUGCAAGAACAAAUCCUUGGAAUUGGUGGCAAACCACUACGAUCCUAGAAACCGUAUCAUCGAAUUCAGACCUGUCGAUGGCUCCUCGGUCAUGUCUCUGGCGAACACAUCCUCUCAUCAAUGGAGCGCUUAUCACCGUCUGAUGAAAAUCCACUUUUCUGGCUGGUUUCUGAAUCGAUCUCAAAAGUUGCCUUAUGAGCAAUUAAGCCCACAAGACCAAGCCAUGGUCAUGUACCAUUACCAAUACAACUCAUCCAUUGAAAAGACCUACGAACUGCCCUCCUGGAACCAAACAUUAGAGACAAAAAGCGAUCGACAACGCUAUGUGGGUGACAAGGGAUUGAUUUUGUCUUUAUCUUAUCAGCAACAGUCCAAACAAUCAAUGGAAAACCGUGCUCGUGCUCAACCUACAUUAACAAACCUGCCUGCCUCCUAUUAUAGCUAUCGCUCUGUUACCUCUUCGGCUCCAAUGCCCAUGGCACCCAAGAUGGAGGUUCAAUGGAUCCGUGUUACUCUGGAUUGGGUACUUGGUGGCAUCAAGUCAAAUAUACCGUCAACGCAGAUAUACGAGGACAGUUUUGCUAGUUUGAAUCAGAUGUUGGCAAAGGAAGGAUGCUUCAAAUACGACCCCCUGUCAGAACCUGUGUUGGAGUACAUUGUUCAGCAGCAAGAUCAAGAUGGUCAAUUACCAGCGAGCCUUGUCAAAUAUGUGCAUUCUCACACUCACGAGUGCCAUACCCGUUUAUCACGUUUACAGCACAUGUUGGAAGGAGCAGGUGUUGAUCCUCAAGUUCUUUGGAAGUAUACAUUUGCCAAAUCAUUCGUUGUAAGUAGCGGUAGUUUGCUGUGUGAGGAGGAUGUUGUCCGUCGUAUUCAAGACUCUGAAGAGGAAUGGCGUCAAAAAAAGCUUAGCCUAUCUCGCAAACUAUACAACUAUCAUCAAGGAAAUGCCAACAAUGACAUUCUUAUCUAA